AUGUCAAUCCCUCCAAAUUCGCCGUGUAGAGGGUGUUCAUCAAGUUUUGCACAGCCUGUGAGUCAAAAAGAUGUAGAAGAAGCUCAAAAUAUGGUGAAAAAUGUUCACCGCGUUAAUUGUAUUGAACGAAAUCCACCUUUGGCUAACAUCGUAUAUAGAACAGGCGAACAUAACUCUGAUGUUAAGCGUUGCUGUUUCCGUUGGAGCAUAAAGCCUUAUGACGAGAUCUUUCAAAAUGGAUUCAGAGCAAGAGCUCAAGAAGACACUUCACCCAACAACACUUACUACGAUUUGUAUGACUAUGUCCACAAUGCUGAUGCGCCUAUUCUUGAUCCAAAUAAGCCACCAAGAAGGCAUGCCUUCGUUAGCACCACUAUUGAUGUUGGUUGGCGUCCUGAUCCUAACCACUAUACCCUCCUUCCAAUUCCAACCAGUGGAAAUACGAUUCAAAUCUAUCGUUACGAGGUGUAUGCUCCCGGUGGCAUUUGGGUUUCUUCGACACUUGGCAAUGUAUACAGGUACGCUGAUCAACACCAAGUUUGCUUUGUUGGCGGCAUUGCACCUCAAUACAUUCGCUCUGCCCAAUUAUUCACUGCCACACGCCCAGCUGGAGCAAGGCAUGCGACAAUCCGUAGGGAAGGUACCGCAUUAAUAAUCAACAGGCAUUUCGAUCCACUGUCGGAUCCGGAUACGGAGCUCCUAAUUCAGAACCCAUUAUUAUAUUACUGCGAUGAUGGUAUUCAUCGGCCACUAUCCCUUCAAACUUUUACAGCUGCUGCGAAUAUGAAACGGGAAAGACAAGUCUCGAAUCACAACUGGGAUGCUUUGCAAAAGUGGUAUGUUGAUGAUGUUCCAAAUGUUCCUAGUUAUAUAAAUGCUGCGUUCCCUUCAUCUAAGACAAAUGAAGCCUAUAUAUUCAUGAAAAAUGAGUACGUGCGGUUGAAUUACGUGAAUGACUGGAUUGUGAAUGGGCCACUUCUUAUUUGUGAUGGGUUUCCAUCGCUAAUUGGUACUUCAUUCGGAGAGCAUGGAAUAGACUGUGCGUUUGACACUGACAACAAUGAAGCAUUCAUCUUCUCUUCUAAUCUUUGUGCCUAUAUUGACUAUGCUCCAGGAACCAAAGAUGACAAAAUACUCUCAGGUCCUACCACAAUCACUGCCAUGUUUCCCUCAUUAAAAAAUACGGUUUUUGAAAAUGGCAUAGAUGCGGCAUUCAGGUCUACUCUUGAAAACGAAGCUUACUUGUUCAGAGGCGACCAAUACGCUCAAAUAAACUAUAAUUCCAAGCAUGUCAUUGCCAUGGGUAAUAUCUCUGGUGGGUUUUAUGGUUUGAUGGGAACCAUCUUUGCAAGUGGAAUUGAUGCUGCUUUCGCCGUGCACUGGAAGGAUGAAGCGUACAUUUUCAAAGGAGAGUACUAUGCACGUUUCAAUUUUGCACCUGCAGGGACAACUAGUAACCACAUUCCCUCAGGAGUGAAGCCAAUCCUUCCAAAUUGGCCAUCUCUUAGUAGCAUAUUGCCUAUCAAGAAUGGUGGGCUUGAUGAUCAUCACCAUCGUGAACAAGUUCCCUGGAAUCCAGGCCAUGAUGAACUUUAA